GUCUUUCCGGGCCACCGGGUGAGGAAACUUCAACAAAAAUAGACGAGAAGAAGAGAAAAGGAUCUAACUGACCAGACUAAAUCAGGUGCAGUUUCAGCUGUGAAUGUGUUUAAUUGGUUGGUUUCUCCAGCUGACCGUCCCGAUUCCUCGCUCAGAUGGCCAAAGCUGAGCAGGACAAAAGCCGAGGGUUGAAGUUUGCAGAGCAGCUUCUCCUGAGUCACGGCUGGGAGCGCGGGAAGGGACUCGGCCGAGCGGAGAACGGCAUAUCAGAGGCCAUCAAGGUCAAGGUCAAAUGUGACAAAGGAGGGAUCGGCCACAGAGAAGGAGAGCAGUUCAGCUUCCACUGGUGGGAUCACGUCUUCAAUAAAGCCUCGUCCAGUCUGCAGGUGGAGGCCGGCCAGGAUGGAAUCAAAUUAAAAAAGACGCCUGAGGAAGGUGAGGAAGAGGAGGGAGCGAUCUCCAACAAAAAACCUCGAAAAUCCCUGCAGAACAAAUCCAAACUGUACGGCCGCUUUGUGAAGUCGGCCACGCUGCUGUCCGGUCAGGAGGAGCCGGAGCCGAAGGCCCCGAGUUCAGACAGCAGCAGCUCAGAUGAGGAAGAGGAGCAGAAACUGGAUCUGUCCAGCACCACCAGACUUUCAGACGCUGAUCUGAUGAAGGUUUGUGGAGGACGAACGGCUCACAAGGGCGCGCGGCACGGUCUGUCCAUGAGCGCCAAGCUGGCCAGACUGGAGCAGCAGGAAGCAGAGUUCCUGACCAAAUAUGGAAAAAAGAACCAAACAGGAAGUUCUCCAGUUGUUCGUGACACAGUGACUCAUCCGGAGGAGACGAGCCACAGGAAGAAGAAGAAGAAGAAGAAGAAGAAGAAGAAAUGCACAGAGAGCUGUGCUGAACUGAACCGUGAUGAAAGUCCUGAAGCAGGUUUUCAACCAGAGAAGAAGAAAAAGAGGAGGAAAGAUAAAACGGAGGGAGAAAAAGAGACAGAAGAAGAAGAACUGAUUGUUGGAGGAAACAUUGAGGAUCAGAAAGAAGAUGGAGGAAAUCCAUCUGCAGAGGAAACUGAGCCGCUUCCCUCCAACUGCAACAGGAAGAAGAAGAAGAAAUCUGCUCCGCAUGAUGCUGACCCUGCAGAAACUGGGCGGAGUCCUGGACAAUCCAGCCAAUCAGAUCGCAGAUCAAAGCAGGAAGCAGAGGUUACCAUGGCACCAGAGAAGCAGAAAAGGAAAAAAAGCAGAAAGGACAAAUUGGUGAUGGAGAAACUAGCCGACGAAGAGGAGCUUCCUUCAAAGAAGAAGAAGAAGAAGAGCGAUGGUGGAUCAAAGUGAGGCGCUGAAACUACAGUCCGGUUCUGAUACCUGAACCCGACCCAAUCUAACAGCUGCUAGGUUGGGUCGGGUUCAGGUAUCAAAACCUUCAGAACCCGUUUUCCUGUUUUUAUCUCUGCUGGUAGAAAGUGAAGCUGCUUUUCUGUGCAGGACGAUUAAUUUUUAACGAACCGUCAGAAUGAAAUCUGGAGUAAAUGUCAAUGAAAACAGAAUUAUUCUGAUGGAAACGUCGAGAAAAAUGUAUGAAUUUAUGAAAUAAUAAAAACUUUCUCAUGUAAUUAUCUCACAAAGCAUCAAUAAUUUAUAAAACCUAAUUUAUUUUACCAACAUUUCCAGCCAACAAUUAUUAAUAAGAUUGAUUAUAAGAUAUGAUCAACUGGAUUCAUGAAAACAGUUUUGUUGUUUAUUCAGGUUGAGCUGCAGUUUCUGCACAACUGGAAUAAAAAAUGAUCUACAAUCUCCAUUAAUCUGUUCUGGUCUGCAAGCAGCAUUUAAAUCUGAAGCAAACAGCUGAAGCACCGAGUUCCUUUAAACUCCAGACAAAUCGUUACUUUUCUAUUGUUUGAUUGUGUCUUUGAC